GUAGAAAAAGUUGACAAAAAUUUCACAGAAAAAAAUAUUUUUAAAUUGCAAUUAAAAAAUUGAAAAGUAUUAAAUUAAAAAAGUGAAAUAAAAUUUUUGUGGUGACAUAAAAAGUGUUUUACAAUAAAUUAAAAUUUAAAAAAAAAUUCUAACAAAUUAUUAACAAAAAUCUGGCGCUAACAAAUUAUUCCGCCAACUUAAAUUAAUUUACAAAAAAAAAAUCGCCGCCAAAGAGUGUCCCAAUUCAGUAAUUUAUAAAAAAUAGACGCAGAAGUUCAUAAAAUUAAAAGUUAAAUAAAGUCAUUAAAGACAGCAGCGGAGAAAACGAAAAAAAAAAAUUAAACGCAAGUGCAAUAAAAAACUGAUAAAAGUGAAGAGUAAAAAAAAAGUCGCUGAAGGACUCUUUUUUUUAUCAUCAAGUUCAAUUAGUGCAGUUGAUUGAUUAACUUAUAUAAAAAAAUUUUUUUUUUCUCUUGCACAACGAUUUUUGUGCACGAUAUAUAAUUUUCUUGUCUCUCACCCUGUCGACGUCGAAUUGUCUGCAAAACGCGUGAUCAAAAUGUCAAAAACGACGCAUAAAAAAUUAUUAUUUGGACUUGUGCUGAUCGGUACUUGCAUCGUAUCGAUUGCCGGAUGCCGAAAUGGUCAAUUAAUAUCGGACGGCUUAAGCGAGGAGGAAAAAUAUGAAAUUCUGCGGGAACACAAUAUGCUGCGACAACAAGUGGCAAUGGGACAAGUUUCGGGACAGCCGGGCGCCUCAAACAUGCAAGAGAUGGAAUGGGACGAAAAUCUUGCACGCAGAGCUCAACAAUGGGCUAGUCAGUGCAUUUAUGAACACGACCCCAAUCGAUUCGAUGAUCGUUUCUCAAUUGGACAAAAUCUGGCGAUUAUCUGGAGUAGUGCUCCUUUGCAAGAGGGCGAUUUUCCGGGACGCGUCAGAAAAUGGUUCAACGAAGUGAACAUCUAUACCUGGGGUCAAGGAUGGACUGUUCGUACCGGGCAUUAUUCACAGAUGAUUUGGGCCGGAACAAACCUAGUUGGUUGUGGCUUCUCAUACUAUCGUGCCCAGGGACGUUACAACAAGUUGUACGUUUGCAAUUAUGGACCAGCUGGCAACGUCGCAGGUCGCCUUCCGUACCAGCCAGGAUAUCCAAAAUGCACGGGCUACGGCAUGCACACCUCGAAGGACUACCCGGGACUGUGUCGCAUCGAUGACUACGAGAACACAAUUGACGGCAAGCCCUACGUGUACAGCCCCUAUGACUCACGUUAUUCGCGGCCGGGUUCAAGUUCGGUUAGUAACACUCAUAAUCAGUAUAAUAAUAAUAAAUUCAAUCAGCUGAGAACACCAUCAUCAAGACCAAGUACAUCUUCUCCAUACAGGCAAAAUAUAGGUUACCAGUCUGGAGAUGGUCGUCUUCCGAUUAAUAGCCGCCAGCAGCAGCAACAGCAUCCGCAGGAGCAGCACGGAACACGGAUUUACAGCACCUCUUAUAGCGCGACAGCCGAUGAGCGGCAAUCCAUUGUACCGAAACCUGCGCAAGCAGCACUCACCAAUCUAAAUAAGGCAUUGGCUGGCUAUCGAUGGGAUCUACUAUUCAAGGACCUGCUUAAGGACUAUGUGUAGGAUGGAGGAAGAAAAAUUGUCCAUUCACAUCUGAUAUGAUAUUCCGAAUUAUUUUUUUAGGUGACACACUCGAUGCUCUCUAAAAAGACAAAAAAAAAAAUAAUUUUUUCAGUAUUGUAAAUUAGUUGUAGUAGACAAUUUUUUUUCUUCUACAUCAGACACACGCACGCAUACCAACAAAGUAGUUGAUUGUUUGUUUUUUAUUAUUAUUAUAUUUUUUAUAUUAUUAGCAUAUCUACAAUAAUAUUUUGUUGAACUAGUAUUUAAACUGACAUAGCGCUUAUAGAGAAACAGAGAAAUACGAUUUUUAAUGAUAUAACUGAACUACACCCUGGAGGUGAUCAACGCUGUAUCAAUGCCUGGAAAAAAGAAAAGAAAAGGUUUUUUCCAAUUAAAAAAAAAUAAUUAAAUUAAUUAAAAUAAUCCCGACUAAUGUUAGAGUAGCAAGUAAAUAGAUAUUUUUUAUAUAUAGUUUUUACCUCUCUCUGUCUCGUUAGUUAGUUAAGAAGUUUAAGUCCAUAAAAAAAUUUCGACCUUUCUAUUAAAAAUUAUAUUUUUUUUUUCUAAAGUAAAAUUCAAUUAAUUAAAUAAAUAAUAAUUUCGAAAAUGA